UUAACUAUGGCAUUAAUGUCCAAAAACGUGAGGUUAGCAAUAAUAAAUAAGUAAAAGGAGCAUUUUGAAAGAAAUAUUUAGAAUUCCGAACAUAGGAUACUCCAGUUCCAAAUUCUGUACGUUUUUAUCAACAAAAACACAAAUGGCUACCUACUAUUCACAGUAUAUGCAGCCAAGCUAUUCCUACCCAUUGGUAGUAGCAGACUGGAACACAGGAAUCAUUCCACUACCAAGUCCGAUGUAUACGCCUCCAAUCCAACAGAUACCCAUCACGUUAAUCAGCCCGAUUCAAAUUCCUACGCUACCACAAUGCCCCUACACUUAUAUACCACCAGAAUCGCUGGCUCCUAACACAUUACAAGAUGUACUAUUAGAACCUAUAUAUUACACACCAGAAAGUUCACCAAUAGAGGUGUACAGUGAAGCCCAAUCCUCUCAAUUAACAAGCGAUACGCCAGCGGAAAUACACGACCCGUUAGAUCUGUUUUUACAAUUACCCAAGGAUUUAUUUCCCACAGCUCGGAUGCUUGUUAUAGACCCGAAUCCUAUCAUAGACGAGUUCUGCAAAAUGGAAAACGUGAAUGAUAAUUCCUCGUGGAUUUUAGAUUUGGAAUUCGGUAUACCCAGAAUACCGGUUACGAGAGCGAUUGCCAUAUACGAUGUUAAGUUGAAUAGUGUUCAGUGCAAGAAUACGCGGAGUGCUAUCCACCCAGGGUUCGAAAGUUGCAGCGAAGAAUUCAAACGUGUGUUUCUCUUUUACUACGAUUGUAUAGUAUCCACGUGGUAUAGAGGCUAUAUGUUAUUGAACUGCGAUAAAUCCGUGGAAAACUUCCAGUCGUGGCUGUUAUUGCCUAUGCAGAUAUUGGGCAUGUGUUGGUCGUAACAGUAUGAUGAAUGGUAUGCGAAAUGUAUUUUAGCAAUUUUUGUUUUUAAUAUAGAAUAAGAAUUUGUAUUCAAUUGUAAAUAUUUUAGCUACGAUAC